AUGGAUAUGCUAGGACCAUUUCCAAAGGCAACUGGAGGAAGACAGUUCAUGGUGGUAGCAGUGGAUUACUUCACCAAAUGGGUGGAAGCAGAAGCAUUAGCAACAAUCUGUACGGCAAACGCGUGCAAAUUUUUCCUUCACUCUAUCAUCUACAGAUAUGGAAUCUCAAGAACCCUUAUCACAGAUAAUGGGAAGCAAUUUGAGCAAAAGUUUAAAGAAUUCAGUGAUCGGCAUGAGAUUCAACUGUGUAAGACUUUAGUAGCACAUCCACAGUCCAACGACCUAGCUGAAGACAUGAACAAAAUCUUAUUAGAUGGAAUAAAGAACAAGUUGGAGACAGCCAAGGGACUAUGGGUGGAAGAACUACCGAACAUCUUGUGGGCCUAUCGUACAAUUACAAGGCUUGCAAUAGGAGAAACCCCAUUUAUGUUAAUGUAUGGAACUGAAGCGGUGAUCCCUAUGGAGAUCAGAGAAACUUCACUGAGAGUACAACUCUAUAACCCAGAAACCAAUGGUGAAGAAUUAAGAACAAAUUUAGACCUGUUGGAGGAAUUCAGAGAGAUAGCUGGGGUAAAGAAUGCCGCGCAUCUACAGCGAGUAGCACGCCAUUAUAAUGCCAAAGUGAAACCAAGAAUAUUUCACCAGGGAGACCUUGUGCUCCACAAAUUGGGAAGGAUCAUACAGAAUCUCCAAACAAGUAGCUUCAUGAGCUUAUCAUUUGGAGACUUUAGAGGGGGUACCCAUACCACGAUAAUUGAACUAAAAAAACUUGAGGAAAUUCUAUCAGUAGAGGUCAAUCCCCAUGUAUUUUAA